CGCGGGGCGCAGAGCGGGGGCGUGGCGGCGGAGGCGGCGCGCGCUCGCCAUUGGUCUGCCGGCACCCACGCGCUCCGCCCCCUUGGCGCCGUCGCCCGCGAGACCCGCUCAGUGCCUCGCGUGCCGUCGCAUGUUGCGCACGUAUCGCGCGUUCUAAUUCCGCAUAACAUUGCAGAUGCGAGUUCGACACUGAUAAAAAAAAUGCCCGCUGAGGACGAACCCGGGGCGGCGAUGGAGGGCCGCGAAACCGCCGAUGGGUCUCCCCAGCAAUUCUGCUUGAGAUGGAACAAUUACCAAAGCAACCUCGCCAACUGCUUCGACCAGCUUCUUCAGACGGAAUCUUUCGUGGACGUCACCCUCGCCUGUGAAGGACAGAGCCUGAAAGCCCAUAAGGUGGUCCUGUCAGCCUGCAGCCCGUAUUUCCAGACGCUCUUCAUGGACAAUCCAUGCAGGCACCCCAUAAUAAUAAUGCGCGACAUAAAGUACUGCGAUCUGAAGGCGGUCGUGGACUUCAUGUACCGCGGAGAGAUAAACGUGUCGCAAGAUCAGAUCACGGCGCUACUGAAGGUGGCGGAGAUGCUGAAGAUCAGGGGUCUGACGGACGUGAGCGGGGAGCACGCGGUGCUGCGGCCGGGCGGGCCGGAGAGGGCGCCGAAGAGGCCGGUAAGCCGCGAGGGGGAGUCCCCGGCGAAGGUCCGGCGCCGGUCGUUGGAGCGCAGCCCGGGCCCGAGCCCGCGCCGCUCGCCGAGCACGCCGGCUGAGCUGCUGGGCGAACACGCGGCGCACACGCCCGCGCCGCCGGCGCCGCUGCUGGCCGAGGACGUGGACAUUCGGCCCGGCAUCGCUGAGAUGAUCCGCGAGGAGGAACGGGCUAAGUUACUGGAGAGUUCGCACGCAUGGCUCGGGGCUUCCACGUCAUCCAUCGCAGCAGACAGCUACCAGUACCAACUUCAGUCGAUGUGGCAGAAGUGCUGGAACACGAACCAGAGCCUGGUGCACAACCUGCGGUUCCGCGAGCGCGGGCCUCUCAAGUCCUGGCGGCCGGAGACCAUGGCCGAGGCCAUCUUCUCCGUGCUGAAGGAAGGCCUGUCGCUGUCGCAGGCGGCGCGGAAGUACGACAUCCCCUACCCGACCUUCGUGCUGUACGCCAACCGCGUGCACAACAUGCUGGGGCCCAGUGCCGACGGCGGCGCAGAUUUGAGGCCAAAGGGGCGCGGGCGGCCGCAGCGCAUCCUGCUGGGCGUGUGGCCCGACGAGCACAUCCGCGGCGUCAUCCGCGCAGUCGUCUUCCGCGACACUCACGCGCACACCACGCACCACAUCAAGGAGGAGACAUUGCCUGUCUAUCCCGCAAUCACGGAUGGAAUCUCGGUGCCAAAUGCUUACGGCCCUGUAGCGUGCGGUAACGGGCGAGAGGGGGGUGUGUCACCGAACGCGGCCGCCGCCGCCGCCGUGGCCGCCGUGGCGCACGGCCUUCGCCGGCAGAUGUGCAACAUGGUGGUGGCAGCGCAGCGGCCGCCCGACCACCCGCCGCACCUGGGCCUGCCCCCGCUGCCGCUGCAGUCGCCGCGGCUUCCGUCACCGCUAUCGGCCGGUCUCGAGUCGCCGCUGUGCUCCCCGCCCCCUCCUGGGCACGCGUUGGAACCUCCAAAACCGACCGAUCCAUUCCGACCCUUCGCUUCACCGAGACCUGAUAGCCGCUACGACCGCGACGUCGCAGAGAUUACAGAGAUGGGUCCUCCGAAGACCCCCAUCCCGAUCGCGAAAAACGGCAAAGAGCUGUCGUCACCGGUGCCGGUGAAGAUGGAGCCACCGCCCGCGGAGGCGCGCGCGGAGAAUAUCUGAAGCGAGGCGGCGGGCGCGGCCCCGCAGACGCCGCCGAUCGCACCGGUCGGCGUGCCGCCGCCGCUGCCCGCUUAUCCGUAUUUCGUUCCGAACCGCAACUCUGUUGGAUACUUCUAGAUAUUCUAGAUGUGGUUGCGUAUUCCAUGUCUCGAGGCAUGUGACCAUCCGACCGAACGAGAGUAACGGAAUUACGUUGAUUCAUAUUUAUUUUCAAGUGGACUCGCUGUGCAAUAUAAUGCUUGUUGUUUAGUUAUUCAAUUUUCUAUUAAGAUUAUUUUAGUUUAAUCUUAUUUUGUUUACUUUGUGGUUUAUAUGUAUAGUUGUGUUCCAGUGAUAUUUUGAAAUAAAGUUUUGUCAAUAUCUGUAAAGGUGGGUCACAAGCCGAAGACGCCGCAGUAAUUCGAAGGCAACAGGAAGUGCAGCUGAAGUCACAACUGUCUCGGUUGCGGCUCCACCUCACUGUUUUAUUAUUAUCUACUCAUAAGUAGAAUGUCAAACGUACUGUGUAAGCUUAAAUUUACUAUAUUUAUCAAUACAAAUUAGAUGAAAUCAUGAAUGUAGGGAAAUCAAAAUUUUAAAUAUUUGGCCCGAUUAAAAAAAGACUGUUCGGUAUACCUAUUCAUCAAAAUAUGUGUAAGACAAAAAUUAAAUAGUAUUAGAGAUAUUACAAGAAAUCUAGAUGUAUCCUUUCGUCGUCAGAUCGAUGUCAAUUUAUCAACUAGCAGUGGUAGCGGGCACCGCAGCGGUGGCCGGGCCUGCUGCCCGCCCCCGCCGCCCGCGCACCCUCGCUCGCCGCUCAGCUUGCCCGUGCUCGGCUUGCGCAUAAGCUUAUGUUAUGCCAGCUCCUUUGCUCUAGUUGUACAUCUUUAAUUUUUUAUUCACUACCUAUAUAGCUCGAAUCCCAAGCGAAACGCCAAAAAAAUGUGUGAACGAGUUUUAACAAGAUUUUGAGGUAAUUUCCACAUUAAACCAAGAUGAAACUUUUAUUAUCUACAUAGCAUUUUUUUUAAUUAUUUCGAUUACAUUAACAGUUUUGAGGUAAAAAAUAGGGAUGAUGACACAUGUUGAAUUUGAUAACAAAAUCUAGUAACAUAGAUAGCAAAUGAGCAAUUUUCACAAUAAUGUAGAUAUUAAAAUAAUAUAUGGAAAUAAUACAAAAAUACAGGACUUGAAAGUUUCAAAAUUUAAGUAAUACAAUUAAUUCGAUUCCUUACAUUUUAUCCAAAAAAUAUUGUACAGCAACUAUAUACAUAAACGCAAUAUUUCACCGACAAAAACGCAAUUUUCUUAUUUUGUGCAUACAUUCAAACUGGGCUCUCAGUGAACUUCACUUCACUUAUCGUUUUGUUAGAAGCGUUUCGUGAGUGAAGUACGACUUUGACUAUCAUUUCUGACUUUUGUAUUGCUUUAAUGCAAUGGGUCCCAUAUAGACAUUUGAUCCUAAAAAUAAACCUGAUCGAUUGAUACCAUUAAUAAAAAUUUGUCAUCUAGCCUAUUCCGGCCCUACGUCCUAAACUCUGUUGCCCAGUGACAAGUGUAACGAAACCACACACGUUUUCUGGGAGUGUACACGCGCGCGUUUCAUUCCUUUUAUCAGUCGACUUAAGCGGGCUUCCUCACAUUUCAUAAUUUUAUUAAACAAGACACAAAUUGUUCAUUCAUGUUGUCAGUAGGAGUAUAAUACUAGUCCAGGAAGUGACUACCGGUGGAUACCUACAUAUAUCAUUUUAUAAUGUUAUACUGUGUGUAGAAUAAGCCUUCAAAGUUAAAAUAGUCGAUACAAUGGGAGACAAGCAUGGCGGGUGGCAGCUUACUCUCUCCGGCCGAGCGGGCGAGCGGCGCGGUAGACUUAGUGAUCGCCAAAUGUAAAAUAGAUGUAUGAUUAGCAAGUAGUGACGUUCCAAAUGUUAGGCUAACUUAGACGUGCUGGGCUCCGUAGCAUCUCCUCACAUUAACGCCACGCCCCUCCGGGGCCGCUUGUUCACUCACAGUUUUCCUUUUCACAUUGGGCAAUUGAUGUCCCUUCCGCGUUAUAUUUCAGCUUGAUUUGCGUCUGUUAACGUGCGGAGACAGGAGCCCGAUUAGUUGUAAGAGCACAAUCGCCAAGCAUUGGAUGUUAUAAAAAAUUCGAGCGUCUGCUGAUGACCUGUGUGUAGCUAGAUUAAACAUUUCAAUUUUCUUAGAUUAGCUUAAUGUAUGUGACUAUUAGUAGCGAUCAGUCAGAAUAAAUUAAAAUAACGGCGACGACAUAUUUAAUCUACUUACGAUCUUGAAUUUAUUCGCCAGUGGAGUCGGCCCUUCGGCUGCGCCGGAGCGACUCAACUGCUUUGAGGUGUACCUAGGUAUAUGUACAAAUUUUUUUUUAUCGAUAAAUUCCUGGACGCAAAGUUGCUUUGUUUCAUAGUUUUGGUGGGAAAUUGUUAGAGUACGGACCUUCUUGCCGCAAGGGUAUACCAUGAUUUAGAAACGUUCGUCGGCGGACAUUCGAGGCGUUCGGCGGGGCGGUUUCGACCCCGGCGCGGACGCGUAACGCGUAAGCAUGUAAAAUAAGUCUCCAAGUGGCCUUGAUACUUCACUAUUAUUUGGGAUUUGGAUUAUCGAUUCGGUUCAAGUUUGGAAUUAGUGUAUAAAAAAGACCAAAUUAUUAAAAAGUACAUUUGCGAUUCAGAUCUAGUGUUGAAACUAUUUGGCUAUCCUUUUGGAAAUAACGUUUAAUAUAGGAAAAAAGAAAGUUAUAUAAUGGCCUAUACGUUUCGGAUGAAUUGCGUAAAUUUUGGUAAAUGUUACUACGCAUAUUUUCUAUUGUCUAAGUCUAGGCUAAUGUGUUCAAAAAGUAAUUUAAAAUUUUUGAAAAAAAGUAGAAAGUGCCUUCCAAAUUUUUGACCACAGUAAGUGUCGGGACGGGUGCGGCGAAGAUCGGACGAGGCGCGCGUAUCGCGGCGCGCGCUGCACGUCGGUGCGCGCCCGCCGCGAGCCGUGCGCUUCACGUGCUUAACUAUAAAAACGUUAGACUAAUAAAAAUUCAAAAUUAUUAUAUAAAAAAUAAAUACAUAUGACUAUUAUUAUAGAAAAAUAUAAAUAAAAUAAUAUAUUUGGCCGAUGUGGUUAUACCCUGACAGGCAAGCGUUAGCUGAAUAUUCGGCAUCAAAAUUAAUUAUAUAUUUUCUUUGUAUACAAUCACCUGGUUCCAUUGAGAAACAAUGCAGACAUAGCAAAGUGCCAUUCGUUUGAACUGAAUCUUUAAAGGUUCAUUUCGUAUCACGUGGAUUCUGUAGUAAUAAUUAAACUUUAAUUAAUUUAUUGUACUGAUAAAAGUAUAUACAUUUCGAUUACAUAAAUAAGUAACUAUGUUAUUUUCGUGAUAGAUAAGUAAAAUUUACUGGUUAGUAUUAUUGUACACAGACGAACAGUGAACGUAAAUGUGCGCGCAGCACCCGCCGACACGAGCCCGUGUCGGGACUCGGCGUGGCUUCUCGCUUUUGUGAUCCUACUCGCAUGUGUUUAAUACAUAUAACCAACGUACCUUCCUAAGGUGUUCUUUGCCAGAACUCAGAACCGGUUUCUUUGAUACUUGAGCUCUCUCUAAUAAAUAUAAUUUCCCAGUCACAUAGUCUAGCAGAAAUUCGUAAAGUGCAAAACCAGCGUGAUGUAGCCAGUCUUUAGUACCUAAAUUUCCAGUCUAUUGUAUGUAUAUAUAAGUAUAGUAGUAUGUGCACUUGUUAAACCUGUACAUGAGCUGCGAGUAGGAGAUGGAUCCCAUUCUCGUUUGGUAUUAAUUCAAACAUUUUUUAAGUUUUGUUAAGAUAAAGGACUAGUGAAGUGUUACGUUUGAUUAUAAUAAGCCCCCAAAACCCCAAAGGUGCAGCUAGCAAAGGUGAGUUCGCGGGCCGGCUCGCUGGCUCCACGGGACCUGCCAGAGCGCUAUGGUAUAUAGUCACUCUCUCGAGCACAUUUACGUUCCCUGUACGAAGGGCGGUUUUGGUUAGAAUAUACAAUGUAUACAUGUUAGACAUUAAUUUAUAAUUUAAAAUAUCCAUGAUGAAUACGAUGACUAGCAAAGCACCAGCGAGCGAAGCUCCGCUGCUGGCGCUACAUGACAACAUGAUACUAUUAUUAUCCCUUCUUCUGAUUUGUGAUAGUAAAAACUAAAAUAUUUUUAAUAUAAAGAACAAUUAUCCUUUCUCAAAAUGUUCCCUUUGUAAAGGACACUAUUGCUAAGUUUAACUAUAUAUCACAAUUUAUUAUUUAUUUCUUUAGUUUAAAAGAACAUAAUUUUUUAAGCCGUUGUGGGCUCAAAAUAAAUACUUAUUUGUAAUUAAAAUUGAUACCUACAUAUGUUGCUAAGCAUACACAAACCUUCAAACAUGGAAAUUUACCAAAAAUGUGACAAGAUUGAUUAUCAGAUAUUAUUUCUCGAUCAAUAUGAUCUGCUUAGUAGUAGUGACGUUGAUGGUAUAGGUAUUAAAACCUGCAUGUAUAAGUUUUACCAUUAUUGCUUUCAGUGCAACAAAAGAUUUUAGAUUGCAUAUCAUUACAACUAAAUAUUGGGUUCUCCUGCGAUGUUAACUUUCUUAUAAUCAUUGGUGAAAGCUGUGAUAGAGCAAAGUAUUUCUUCUUUGGUGGAAUCUCGUAGUUGCCGAUAAUGUCCCGUACAACUUGUACAAGUAUCGUAAAUUAACUGCCCUUCACCGUGCCUCAGCCGCAGGCCGCGUCGUGUUUAGUUUCCAGCCAGUUCACCCAGUGUAAUAUUACUAGUAUUCAUAGUCCUUAUCCUACCUCAUGUCACAGGAGAAUCCACACCGAGACACUGAUGUUUUAAAUAUGGUAUCGUCACUUUAAAACAAACAAAUACAUCUUUGUUCAUUUAUUAUUCUAAUAUAGAAGAUGAUAUAGGUCGCUAUAAUUAUCGUCGUUAUAGAAAUUAUGUUACGGUUUCAAUUAAAAGUUGUUAAGAUUUUUCUUAUUUUUCAACACCUCUGUUCCUUAUUAAUUAGUUUUCUAUUAUGUUUAUCAUUUUACAAAAUAUCUUUAUUAACGGCUUAGUUACUAUCGAUGAGUAUAGAAUGUAUUGCAGUUGCUAACCAGCGUUGUGUUGACCGAACGGAACGGACCUUUUACAAUUUUCUCUGUGAAAUAUUACCUUAGUUCUUAACUUCUAUCUCGUUACACUUAUGUCUGGGGGCCUAGCCAAGAUGCCAAUCUUUUGCGCCUUAGUGAACGCAACGGUACAACAACUCUUCCAUAUAAAUACGACAGAGACAUUAGCGUUUCGUUCGCUACGGCGCAAACGUUUGGCAUCUUGGCUAGGCCAUCUGUUUAUUAUACUCUGAUUUGUGCGACAGACGUAGGUACCAAUUGUAACGAGAGCGCUAAGUUUUAUAUCGUGUAUAGAAGAGGCACCGGUCUAUCCUAAGCUUUUUGUUCAUUUGUAAUCCUCUCAUUUAGUAUGUACCUUAAACAAUAUUUUUCAGAUAUAUAGAUUUGAGUUUUUUCGUUCGGCCAGACACAAUCUUAACCAAAUUCGGUAUCUGUAUCAAGUACAAUUAUUAAUAAAUAUUGGUGUUUAACAGUUUAUAUAAAUUAGUUCACAAUUUCGCCGUGUUCAACGUUCAGUCUUUUAGUGCUCAGAUCAUUCAUAAAUUGUAACUGUAUCUUAACUGUCUCAAACGAUUACUUUUAGUAAUGUAAAAUGUUUAAGUUCGUUAUUGUCACCGUGUACCGUUGUCUGAAUGAAUACAUAAAAAUAGAGCAAAACAA